AUGCACGACCUCUAUCAACCAUUGCAGAAGCAGCUCCCAAAUCUGAGAAUCCGGAAUUGUCUUGAACCCAAAAGAUCUGCACCCAGAAACGAGGAGCUUUUCUUUUUCAGCAUGAACAUGAAACGUUUUAUCCCUAAAGAGUGCUUAAUGGGAUGUGGCAUACCAGUGGCGGAUGGGGGCAGAAUCGACCGAGACAACGUCGUGGAAGCUAUGUUCAAAUACGUUGCGCUGGUCUCUCCACCUUCGACAUGGCUGACCAUUGCAAAGCUGAAGGAGUCUCAGCACCAGCUAGCACCAUGGCGUUCUGAAGUCAAUCCCUCUAGUUUUCCUCAAUCAUCAUCUCAUCCUAAGGCUGGUGAAAAGAAGAAAAGGAGGAAAGGAGGGCUCUUCUUCAACAAACAUCUCAAGUCCACAUACCAGUUCCUUUAUGAGACUGGCUUUGGUUCAAGCCUUUGUGAUGUUCGAGGCGGUGUUAUUGGUGUGACCCAACCCCGACGAGUAGCUGUACUUGCAACAGCUAAGCGAGUGGCAUACGAGCUAGGUCUUCGUUUGGGUAAGGAGGUAGGCUUUCAAGUUAGGCAUGACAGAAGGAUUGGAGAGAAUUGCUCCAUCAAGUUUAUGACCGACGGAAUCUUGCUUCGGGAAGUUCAGAAUGAUUUUUGGUUGAAACGCUACUCCAUCACCAUUUUGGACGAAGCUCACGAGAGGAGCCUGAAUACAGAUAUACUUAUUGGGAUGCUUUCUCGAGUUAUACGUGAGCGCCAACAGGAAUAUGAGAUGCAGCAAAAGAGGAUUCUUGCUGGGGAAAGUAUUAACUCUGAGAAUAGGAUCUAUCUGUUGAAACUUGUGCUGAUGAGUGCUACCCUGUGUGUUGAAGACUUUGUGUCUAACACAAAAAUAUUUCAUAACCCUGUGAGGCAUUUGAACUUCAAGUCUUCAAGGGAACACUGGUCAGCGCAGCUUUGUGUUUUUGAAUUGAUUAUUUGGUUAUCUAAUAAUUGGUUAAUAUUUUAA